CACGGCUCACCUGCAAGGCCUGUAGGAAGUACUGGCAUGCUGACAAGCCCCAGUGGCUGGAGAAGCUACCAGAGCGCUUCAGCAACAUUGUUCCGGCUUUCCUAACUCACAAAAAGGCCAUCUGCAAAUCAGUAAUGGAUGAGAUGAGGCGCAGCGGCAGAUCACCGGAGGACAUGGCUAAGCAGCUGACGGAGGCACUCCACCUUAAAUAUGAGAGAGCCCACCUGGCCUACCUGCUCAGUGUGCAGAACAUCAGGGAUGCUGAGGCAGGAGUUUACGGCCAGAGAACCAUCACUGGGCUUCUCAGACAGGCAGACACUCCGGCUCCAUUCGGUGGCUACUCCGAUGCUGACGGCUGGUGUGGAGUGUCUAUUUCUUCUCACUACCUGGUCGACUGCCUGGUCCGUGAGUUUCAACGGCAGGAGCAGCUCCUCACUCUGUUGCUACAGGGGACGUUUGGACAAGUACUCAGGUCAGAUCACACACGCAAAGUGGCUAGGAAGGUGGUGCUGUCAUCCGGCACAAUGUCUUCCUAUGCCAUAAUGAAUGAGAACUGGAUGAUCUUGAGCUGGGUGAUGCUGCAGUCGGAGUGCGAUCGGUCCCUCUAUCCUCUGUAUGAGGGGCUGUCUCGGCGCUACACUGCAGCUGGAGUGAGGAAGGCAAGCUACCACUGGGUUGACAGGGACUGCUGUGCUGCCUUCAAGGUCCUGGACCCUGGUCAUCAGGAGCAGCUGCUGUGGGACUGCUGGAGGACAUCAGAGGCCACCGUGGCGAAGGCGACCUCUGGCAACCUUGCCAACAACAGUGCCUCGAGGAGCAAGUUUAACAAAGACAUCAGCAUCAAGUUAGACUUGUUUCACUGCAUGAGGCGCUUUACCAGGGAGUGUGUGUCUGAACAUCACCCUCUGUUCAGCUCCUUCUGCCAGUUCCUCUCUGCAGCAUUUGUUGUGGUGGACCAGAGGGAUCUACAAAGGCUCACAGAGGCAUACACCUUCUGUGGAAUCUCUCCUGCAAAUCCGACAAAGCAGCACAUAAGAGAGCACUGCAGGACAAAGGUGCCACAGCCGAGGGAGCUGCUGCAGAGGGUUGAAGAUGUGUUGCACCACUUCUACCUGGCAAAGGACGCCAAUGAUGUGCCCCUGUUUAAGGCCUCCAUGCUGAAGUUGUGGAGGAUCCAACGCGUCCACAUCCUGAGAGGCUGCCUGAGCGACCCUGACGUCGGGGAGGGAAUUCUCUACAGGUAUGGUGGUACCUUGCAGCUCAACUACAACAAGGGUGCAGGAGCUGCUGUACCUGUUUGGAUUCCAGUGAGAGGCACCUCUCAGCAGGAGGGCUUCCACUUUCACCAAGCCCAGUGGGUGACAGGCAACCGGGUGUCCUGUGAACUUUUCCAGGCCCAGGCAAUGACUGGAGUGGUGCGGUGGAACUUCCAGAGGCUGGUGGACCUGAAACAGCCUGGUGUGGAGCUGCCAGCUGUGUUCGACCCCCUGUUAAUUUCAGGACUGAACACAGCCUCUGUCAAGGGACACAGGGAGAGAUUUGGACUGCAGUUUGUGGAGCCAGGUUGUCGUCCUGUUGUGUUGAACUGGGACAAGCACAAGGUACAGCCCAACAUCCCAGCUGCUGUAGCCAUGGAGACAGAGGAUCACUGCCCUGCUGCUGUGGUGGACACAGACUCUCAGGAGACCAGUGAUGAGCCAGUUGGAGUGGUGCCCAUCCUAUCUUUCCAGCAGGGCUCUGAAACCCUUUCCCAAUCCCAGCAGUCCCAGCAAUCCCAGCAGUCCCAGCAAUCCCAGCAGUCCCAGCAAUCCCAGCAGUCCCAGCAGUCCCAGCCACCCUUGAUACCAGCUGCGGCCAGAGCCAAAUCAGAGACUCAGUCUUUGAUGGAUACAGACGAAGGCCUCACAAACCCUCGGAUGUCUUUUGAGGACUUUGCUGCGUCUCCAUUCUUUGAGCGGGAGCUGGAGGGCGCCAGACAGAGGGGGGCUGAGUGGAGGAGGGUGGCAGAGGAAAGGGCAAAGAGGAAGUCAGAAGUGCAGCUUCCAACAGGUCGCCUGUGCAGGUUCUGUCAUCAACCCCUAAAGCAAGGCCCUGACAGCCCUCACGUACAUGACAGCUUCCCCGGGGUACCAGGGAAAUACAUCUACUGCCCCUCCAGAGUGUUCUCCCUCUACAAGGCACAGGGCAUGGGGAAGGAGAUGACCUGGGGGGAGUUCAAACUGUCGGACUUCUAUGAGGCUGAAAGGGACAGAUGGGUGGCAGAGAAAAAAAAAUGA